AUGAGGAAAACCUCAGAGGAUUGUCUCACUUUGUCUCCAGACUGGAAAGUAGAAGAUGAGGACAUCACACAGUAUAGUCCUGGAGAAAACCCGGCUCCCUCCAAUGUCCAUCCGGCACCACCCAGUGUAGAUGGACCAUUGGAUUCCUCGUCUCCUGAGGAACCUCAUACUGUGCGGGACCAGGCUGGCCUUCCAACAGAGAAGAGGUUCUCCUGCACUGAGUGCGGGAAGAGGUUCCAUUAUAAAUCCCGACUUAAUGUACAUAAAAUAACUCACACGGAGGAGAAGCCACAUUCCUGUCCUGAGUGCGGGAAAUGGUUCAGUUUUUAUAAACACCAGAGAUUGCACACGGGGGAGAAGCCAUACUCCUGUCCUGAGUGCGGGAAAUGUUUUUCAAAGAAGUUCAAUCUGUGCACACACCAGAGAUUGCACACAGGGGAGAAGCCGUAUUCUUGUCCUAAGUGCGGGAAAUGUUUUUCACAGAAGUCCAGUGUUAACAAACAUCAAAGGUUGCACACUGGGGAGAAGCCGUAUUCCUGUCUUGAGUGCGGGAAAUGUUUUUCAGAUAAGUCCAGUUAUUAUAAACACCAGAGAUGUCACACAGGGGAGAAGCCAUAUUCCUGUCCUGAGUGCAGGAAAUGUUUUUCAGUGAAGUCCAGUCUCAACAAACACCAGAGGAUAGGUGCGAAACCAUAUUCCUGUCCUGAGUGUGGGAAGUGUUUCCGUUUUAAAUCCAAACUUGAGGUGCAUAAAAGAUCUCACACAGGAGAGAAGCCAUAUUCUUGUCUGGAGUGCGGGAAAUGUUUUACACAGAAGUCUGUUCUUAACAAACAUCAGAGGUCACACACAGGAGAGAAGCCAUAUUCCUGUUCUGAGUGCUGGAAAUCUUUUGUAGAAAAAUCAGAACUUGUCGCACAUCAGAGAUCUCACACAGGGGAGAAGCCGUAUUCCUGUCCUGAGUGCGGGAAAUGUUUCAGUUUGAAAACCACUCUUGAUUCUCAUAAAAGAACUCACACAGGUGAGAAGCCGUAUUGUUGUUCUGAGUGCGGGAAAAGUUUUUCACAGAAGUCCAAUCUUUCCAUGCAUCAGAGAUCUCACACGGGGGAAAAGCCGUAUUCCUGUCCUGAGUGCGGGAAAAGUUUUUCACUAAAGUCUCAUCUUUCAGUACAUCAGAGAACUCACACGGGAGAGAAGAAAUAUUCCUGUUCUGAGUGUGGGAAAUGUUUUUCAAGGAAGUGCACUCUUUCAAUACAUCAGAGAUUUCAUACGGGAGAGAAGCCUUAUUUAUGUAUUGAGUGCGGAAAAUGUUUUGUACAGAAAUCACUUCUUAUUACACAUCAAAGAUCUCACAUGGGAGAAAAGCCUUACUCAUGUCCUGAGUGCGGGAAAUGCUUCCGUUAUAAAUCCAGUCUUAAUGAGCAUAAACGAUCUCACACUGGUGAGAAGCUGUAUUCUUGUCCCGAGUGCGGGAAACAUUUUUCACAAAAGUCCAAUCUUUGCAUACAUAAGAGGACUCACACAGGGGAAAAGCCAUAUUCCUGUCCUGAGUGCGGGAAAUGUUUUUCAAUAAAAUCACAUUUUGUUGUACAUCAGAGAUCUCACACGGGGGAAAAGCCGUAUUCCUGUCCUGAGUGCGGGAAAUGUUUUUCACAGAAGUCCAAUCUCACCUUGCAUCAGAGAUUGCACACGGGGGAGAAACCGUAUUCCUGUACUGAGUGUGGGAAAAAGUUCUCACUAAAAUCACCUUUUAUUUUACAUCAGAGGUCCCACACUGGGGAAAAGCCGUAUUCCUGUCCUGAGUGCGGGAAAUGUUUUUCACAAAAAUCCAAUCUUUCCAGACAUCAGAGAUCUCACACGGGGGAGAAGCCGUAUGCUUGUCCUGAGUGUGGGAAAUGUUUUACACAGAAGUCCAGUCUUUACAGCCAUCAGAGAUCUCACACAGGGGAGAAGCCGUAUUCCUGUUCUGAGUGUGGGAAAUGUUUUUUCAGGAGAACAAAUCUUUACAGACAUCAGAAAUUGCACACGGGCGAGAAGCCGUAUUCCUGCUCCGAGUGCGGAAAAUGUUAUACACGAAAAACAGACCUUGUUAUACAUCAAAGAUCUCAUACGGGGGAGAGGCCGUAUUCCUGCCCUGAGUGCGGGAAAAGUUUUUCACAGAGAUCCCAUCUUAAUGCACAUGAGAGGUCUCACUCAGGCGAGAAGCCGUAUUCCUGUCCUGAGUGCGGGAAAUGUUUUUCACAGAAGUCCAAUCUUACUGUACAUCAGAUAUGCCACACGACGAGGCAGAAGUUGUUUACCUGCCCUGUGUGCGGGAAAUGUUAUCUACGGAAAUCAGCACUUGUCAAGCAUCUAAAAAUCUCACACGGUGGGAAAACUGUAUUCCUGCUCUGA